AUGGAUCCUUCAAAUACUAUGGAGCAAAUUAAGGCAGCCUCGAUAAACGAAAAGUUUCUUGGAUAUAAAAGCCAAGGGUAUUAUAGUCAAUUGUUCGGAAAAGGCAGCUUGCGGUACCAAUUGCGACAAUUUCUCUUACCGUACGUUCGCAGCGAAAGUAUAUAUUUGCAUAAACUCCAGUCACGUCUAAGAAGGACUUGGCUAGAUACGUACUUUUGUUACAGUGCUACCCUUGGCACGCACGUAUUCUUUAUGCUUGCAUUGCCUAUUUUCUUCUGGUCUGGAUGUAUCAACUUUACGCUAGACAUUACACAACUGUUUGCAGCUGGGGUUUACUUCAGUGGCAUUCUAAAGGACUUCCUUUGCUUACCGCGUCCCUUGUCGCCACCCCUAAUCCGUUUGACUUUGUCAUCCGAUGCCGAAUAUGAAUACGGAUUUCCAAGUACACAUACAACGAAUGCAGUUUCCACAGGCUCCUAUUCGAUAUUUAUGCUUGUUAGCAUGAAGGAAUCCAUGUCUCCUCCUUGCUUUCACUUACUUGUUUUUCUCAGCCUUCUCUACAUCUUUUCAAUUUCCUUGGGUCGAUUGUAUUGUGGCAUGCAUGGAUUUAUGGACGUAAUCGUUGGCUCUUUCAUCGGAAUCUGUUUAUCAUGUAUUCAAUGGAAGUAUUCCGAUAUAUUUCAUUCCGUAAACACAAGUUCGUCUUGUCAUGUGCCCAUAACGGUCGUUGCGGUUUCCUUAUAUUUUAUAUGGAUGCAUCCUUUGCCUGCGGAACACUGCAUUUGCAUCGAUGAUAGUAUUUCUUUUGUGGCAGUGAUUAUGGGGAUUGAUUUGGGCACAUGGCUUUCGUCUCCCGAGUCUAUAAAUUAUUUAAUUGGUGGUAUCAACGCAACAUUUAUUUUGCGUUUUGUUCUUCGAAUUGUUUUUGGUGUUACGAUGAUUUUUUUCUGGAAGUCUUUCGCUAAACAAGCAUUGUUGACGCUCUUACCAUCAAUGUAUAAAAAAUUACGGAUUUGCCAAUGGAAAAUUUCGUCCGCGUCGAAAGGGAUUCGUGCGGCUAGUGGUUCCAAUAAUGCUUCAGGUACCACUAAAACACCCUUGGGCAAUGUAUCUGGUCAUGAACUCUGUUGUAGCUUUGACUGUGAGACAGUUGCACGAAUUGUUAUUUAUGCAGGGAUUGGAUUUCUUUCCACGUACUUUGCUCCAAUCGUAUUUCGCUGGUGGAAAAUUUAA